AUGGCACUUGCGAAGGGAUCUGGGCGGCAUCGGCGGCUGGCGCACGCAGCGAUCACGGUGGCGAUGGGCGUGACCGUCCUUUCGAGGAGCUGCGGCCCCAGCUCGGCGUUCCGCUUCGAUCUGCUAGGUGGCGUCCGGCCGAAGCACGCCGAAACGGAAGCGGAGGUGGAGGCUAAGCGCCAGGAGGCUGAGGAGAAGGAGCGGGAGAAGCAGCGCCAGAAGGAAGCAGAUGAGGAGGCGAAGCAGAAGCAGGCAGAGGAGGAGAAAGAGCGGAAACGCCGCCGGAGAGAGUUGAUCGAGAAGGAGGCUGACGCCGUGAAGCAAGCUCGUUUGGUGGCGCAUCGACCUCUCAACUCCUUCGAGGAGCGCCGCGUCCGCCGGCAGGUGCGCUCGGAAUUCCUCGGUGGUGGGGGACUGCAAGUGGACGAUGGCCACAAGGAUGAUUGGGCGCAGCCCCUGAAGCCGGAGAUCAAAGCGCAGCUGGACGACGCGGUUCGGUUCUUUGCUGAGACGAUGCGGGUGCCGGCUGCCUUGAUCGGCUCGGCUGCGCUGGGCAUGUUGUUUCUGCCCCCGACAAAGUUCGGCUGGCGCAAGGAGGACCAUCCACAGCCAGAGGUCUUCGACAUCCUCUACCGUGCUUAUGUCAUUCUGACCGCUGCCACUUUCUGCCUGGAGCUGACCACCGUGUUGGAGACUUCGAAUGCGCACGUCCAACUCCUGGAGCUCGGUCGCCACGGCCUGGCCCUGGAACCCACAGCCAUGGAUCUCAUCAUGGCGAACCUGGAGUUCGAGUACCUUGUUUGCAGCCUGAGCUUCACGGGCGGAGUCGUGUGCUUCAUGCUGGCCACGCUGUGCCGCGUGCUGGCGGUUUUCGUCGGCGCUCAUCGGUCCUUGGCCAGCGAGCCUGAGCUGUGUUUCGUCGUGGCAACAAUGAUGCUCAGCUUCCUUUUGUGGUGGCUCCACCUCGUCAACAUGCGGAUCAUGGAGUUCGCCAACUUCGGGGCCAUGAUCCAGAGGCUACUGUUCUUCUCCUUUGGUUGCUGGGGAACCAAAGUCCACUCAAAGAGAGUCCAUCCAUAA